GGUGACGUCAACGCUUUGGAUGGUUGCCAUUACGCUUGUUGGAAAUUGGUGCAGAUUAGGCAUAAACGUGAAAAUCUUUACUUACAUUAAAUUAUACAUUUAUUAGUUUUACCUUAUAGCUUACUAAAAAUGGCAGGUGGAGAUGAUAAACUAAACAUUGAUAGUAUCAUCGCUAGAUUGUUAGAAGUUCGUGGUGCAAGGCCCGGCAAAAAUGUUCAACUGACAGAAAGUGAAAUCAGAGGGUUGUGUUUAAAAUCAAGAGAAAUUUUCCUCUCUCAGCCAAUCCUACUGGAGUUGGAAGCACCAUUAAAAAUAUGUGGUGACAUCCAUGGACAGUACUAUGAUCUGCUACGUUUGUUUGAGUAUGGAGGAUUCCCACCUGAGUCGAACUAUUUGUUCUUGGGUGAUUACGUUGACAGAGGUAAACAGUCUUUAGAAACUAUAUGUCUCCUCUUGGCCUACAAGAUAAAAUAUCCAGAAAAUUUCUUCCUUCUCCGAGGCAAUCAUGAAUGUGCAAGUAUCAACCGCAUAUAUGGCUUCUACGAUGAAUGCAAACGAAGGUACAACAUAAAAUUAUGGAAAACGUUCACUGAUUGUUUCAACUGCUUACCCGUAUCAGCCAUUGUGGAUGAGAAAAUCUUUUGCUGUCAUGGAGGACUGAGUCCAGACCUGCAGAGUAUGGAGCAGAUCCGGCGGAUAAUGAGACCUACAGACGUACCAGAUCAAGGACUUCUGUGCGAUCUGCUGUGGUCUGAUCCAGAUAAGGACACAAUGGGUUGGGGAGAGAAUGAUCGAGGUGUGUCGUUCACGUUUGGAGCAGAAGUUGUCGCAAAGUUUCUGCACAAACAUGAUUUUGAUCUGAUAUGUAGAGCACAUCAGGUCGUGGAAGAUGGCUAUGAGUUUUUUGCCAAGCGGCAACUGGUCACUCUUUUCUCAGCUCCCAACUAUUGUGGAGAGUUUGACAAUGCUGGUGCGAUGAUGUCUGUUGAUGAGACCCUCAUGUGCUCUUUCCAAAUUUUGAAGCCUGCUGACAAGAAGAAGUUCCCAUCGUACAAUGUCAUCAACAGUGGACGCCCAGUCACCCCUCCUAGAGGUGUCACUGCCAAGCGAGACAAGUCCAAGAAGUGAGAUGAUACAGAAUAAAAGUUAUAGAGUUUUGUUUCUUGAUCUCCUUGAGAUUUCCCUGUGCAACGAUAAUGUAAUAUUUGGACUACUUUUUUCUAAGUUUUCCUUGCUUUUAUUCCUUAAAAAUUUUAGAUAAAAAUUAUGGACUUAUUUUUACGUAUGUAUGUGUGGAUUACCAUACUCACAUUAACGUAAGCUAAAGUUAUGUAAAGUUAUCUUUCAGGGUUUAUACAUACACAUUUAUUCUUAAGAUAAUGCUGUAAUGAUAGUAAAAUUUAUUUUAGGUAGCCUAAUAAUGCUUGUCCAUUAUUUAAAUUUAUUUUUUAAUAGUAACGUCAGUUUACUUUCUGUUCAUCCACUGUGUGGUGGCCAGUUUAUUAAAAAAAAUCUCUGCUUUGGGUAGGUUAUUUUAAUCAGUCUUAUUUGUAUGUUAUAUUCCAUAAAUUAAAAACAUCACUACAAGUUUGCACAGUAUGUUUAACGUAAUAGAUCGCUUAACAUAUUUAUUAAAUGAGUAUAGACUCCCUAAAAUACGUAAAUAUGUUGUGGUAAAUUAAAUUUCACUAGUAAGCCUGAAGACUUAUAAAUGGGACUAAUAUGAGUUAAGAAACGAACAAGCAUUCAGUAUUACAAUUAUGGUUACAGUGUCAUCUUUAAAAAAAACUUAGUUAAUUCUUAGUGUUUUGAGUUCCAUUUGUGUCGUUUUAGGUUUAUUUGUGUUUCUCUUUUGCUGUGUGUUGACAGAUGUCUUAAAAAUAAUAGACUAGUACUUCAGAGUGCAGUAGCAGGGAUUUGAACCGGUGCUCUUUAGGCUUAAAAAAUCUCAAAUAUGUUUCAGUUACUUUAUCCAAAUAAUUCUAUUUGAAAUCUGUGUUAUUGAGUUGAGUUUAUAAUUAAACAGAAUUUAUCCGAUAUUGCAUAAAGCCACUUGCCUAAACUAUUUAAUGUGAUAUUUUUAUUAAUGUUAUAAAUUAAAUAUUUGUGAAACUAGAUAUACUUAAACUGAAUAUAUAUUCUUUAGUUGUUAUGUUUAAACCAAAAUUUCAAGAUAGCAGUUUUGAACAAAAGAACAUUUAUAAUUUUGUACUUGAAAAUUGUACUUGACAAUUUAAUAUUCAAUAAAGGCAGAAACUCUAAAAUGGUGUUUGUCUAAAGAUCAUGUCAUGGUCUAUAUGAGAGGUUUUAAAAUAUCUACUUUUGACCAAUAAUAUUUUAAAGCCAAAAUAUAUUCUGUCAUUGUUGUUUUUAUACAUUAUUCAGCUAUUGUUAAAAAGUAAUAAUGUAUUAAAAACUGUUUGUAACAUAUUACUAUAUAUGUAUGAGAAGGGGUUUAAUUUAUUCCCUCUCUUUGUUUCGUUGUAGUAUAAAUGUGAAAAACAUUAUGUUAUUAGUUUUAAUUGAGUUGUUAAUUAAAAAAAGUGUAACUAUAGUUUUCUCAUUAGGGAAGUUUUAACUUUAUUUUAAAUGUUAAUAAUUUUUAAUUGAUUUGUUCAUAAAAAAGUGUGUAACCAUAGUUUUCAUCAUCAAGCAAUAAGAAAAUUGUAAACCCCUCAAAAGCUAUUUGAAUAUAUAUAUUUAUAAAUUUUUUGAUUUGUACCCAUACUUUGUACAAAUCUUCACUUUUCUUUCAUACUUGUAAUGUAUCAGUUUUGACAGUUCUUUUUUAAUUAGCACAUUAAACAUUAAACAAAUUUUAAUAUUGCA